UUUUAAAAUUUCUCUCCAGCACCAAAAUUAGAAUACGUCGUGACGCUGUGCGUAAUGUUUAGUUCGUCCCCUAUGGUGAAUGAAGAAUCCGCUAUCCAAUUGUGGCACUGCCGUUGUCGAAAAUAGCAACAUUGUUUCCUUCUGUAGACAAAGGUGUCUCGACAACCCGAUAAAUUACUGAAUAGUCAUCCAGUUCUGUGGCUUCUUGGUGAAGACAUGGAAAAACAACCACGGUUGUUGGCAUCCCAACUCCUACUGAAAAACAGCUUAUUCGAAGUGUCGUUAAACCGUGUGCUUCUGACAUGGAAAGAGGUUGCGACCAAGAAAAAACGCGUUUCUGGGGGCAUGCAUCACCCAUUUAAAGUCGGUUUCUGUUUUCCUAAGUUUCUGCGCAGAGACAAAGGAGAGUCAGGUACCAGUCACGGUGUGUCAGUGUCUGAGAUCCUAGCAGUCAGGGAGCUCGACGUGGACAGCGGGACGAAAGAUGACGGCAGGUGGCAGAAAAUGCCUCAGAAAUCGACCGAGGCCUAUCCAUAUGCAUUCACAGUGUCCUACGUGGAGAGAGCGUGGCAGCACCGCUGGCGGUGUAGUGACGUCACCUUUCACUGCCUAGAGGGGGCGCUGUGUCAGCAGUGGGUCCAGACCAUCAGAGAGCAGCUGACAGCACUGACCAGCAGACCCAAGCAUUUGCUGGUGUACAUCAACCCCUAUGGGGGCAAGCAGCAAGGCGAGCGUAUUUACGAGCAGAAAGUCGCCCCUCUCUUCACCCUUGCCUCCAUCUCCACGCACGUGAUUGUUACAGAGCAUGCCAAUCAUGCCAGGGACCACCUGAGGACAGAGGCUGAGUUGAAGAAAUAUGAUGGAGUGGUGUGUGUGGGCGGGGACGGCAUGUUCAGUGAAAUGGUUCACGGCCUGGUCUCCCGGACCCAGAGGGACAACGGCGUGGACCAGAACAGCCCGGAGGAGAAGCUGGUACCCUGUACUCUGCGCAUCGGCAUUAUACCCGCAGGUUCAACGGACUGCAUCUGCUAUGCAACUGUAGGCAUCAACGACCCUGUGACCUCGGCCUUACACAUCAUAGUGGGAGAUGCCCAGGCAAUGGACGUGUGCUCAGUCCAUCACAACAACACAUUCCUGAGGUACUCUGUGUCCCUGCUUGGGUACGGUUUCUAUGGCGACGUGCUGGCAGACAGCGAAAGGAAACGAUGGAUGGGACCAGCCAGAUACGACUUUUCAGGUUUUAAGACGUUUCUCACACAUCACUACUAUGAAGGGACUGUGUCUUUUCUACCAGCAACGGACAUAUUGGGAACUCCACGAGACAAGACCAGGUGUAGAGCUGGGUAUGUACUACUGUACAAAUGCAACCUGUCCAAUAAUAUCCACAACCAAUUGUGUAGUUUAGUAUUAUACCCACAUGUUUGUCUCUGUAAAUAUCAUCUAGAUUUGACUAGCCUCACUCCAUCCCUGAGUUCCAGGUGCUUCAUAUGCCAACACAACGGACAGCUGUAUUCCGAGGAUGCCCCAGAGAUUUGCGAGACUGAUCCAGAUGUUCCAGACAGUGAAUACAAAGGGGGGUGGCGGGUGAUCAGAGGGAAGUUCCUGGCCAUCAACGCGGCCAGUAUGAGCUGUGCCUGUCCCCGUAGCCCCAAGGGCCUGUCCCCCGCUGCCCACCUCGCUGACGGCACCACUGAUCUCAUCCUCGUACGCAAGUGCUCUCGAUUCAACUUCCUGCGCCACCUGCUACGCCACACCAGCAAAUACGACCAGUUUGACAUGACCUUUGUAGAAGUGCACCGUGUGCGGCGCUUCCGCUUCACCCCGCGCUACUGCCAGAGUGACUCCGAGUUGGACCUGCGGGAGAAUGGCAAGAAGCUCUUCAGCCAGAUCUGCCGAGACCACCCGGCCUGCAGCUGUAGCCCUGCCUACAGCAGCUGGAACUGUGACGGCGAGAUCCUCCCUCAUGCUGCCAUUGAAGUCGGAGUGCACUGCCAGUUGAUCAAGCUGUUUGCGCGAGGGAUCGAAGAGCAGCCUGUGUUUGAGGACCUUCCCAACCCGUGUGCAGUAUAGAUCCCCCCCCACUGCUGCCCUACCCUAUCAAAGUCACUGGAACAGUCCUACUGCAUUUCAAAGGCUACUGCUGGCAUAUCCUUACCCCUGUGCCCUACCUUUUUCUGAUGUACUUUGAGGUCUUUCAGACAUCUGUUUUCUGGGGCCAUUUUUGUUUGUCUGCCACAUUUUAGAGGUCACAAGUUCACAGGUCAAAGAGUACUGUUGAUGGUACACUUACAGAGAGGUUCACUAUCCACAUCCACUAUACUGAAGAAGAAAUCAUGAAAAUACUAAAGCGGUAUUGAAUGUAGCUCUUUUCCGCUCUCCUUUUUCAAUCGAGCGAUGUUAACCUAGCAAUUAACAUGCUGUUCAACAUUUUUAGAACUCCUCUUUGCACGUUUUACAAUGUAUGCUGCUCCAAAUUAUGAAUAACUGUUACGUUUAGUUUAUUUAUUCAUUUAGAGAAAACAUUUAGAGGAUGUUUGAAUUUUGCUAGCUGCUUGCACUUUUGUUUCAAAUAGGCCGUAUGCGUUGUGACCUUAUAAGCAAUGCCUUGUUAGAAGUUAUUUUACAGCACGAAUUUGAAUACAUAUGUAUUGAUGAUCGAAUAUUGGGUGAACCAGAGAACUCUCUCGGGCAGUGUUUCCCAACUCCAGUCCUCAAGUACCCCCAGCAGUACAUUAUUUUUAUUGUGGUCCCGAACAAGCACAACUGAUUCUACUUGUCAACUAAUCAUCAAGCCCUUGACAAUUGAACCAGGGGCCUCAUUUAUCAACCGUGCAUACAUGUCUUACUUAGUUCUGAGGUACGUGGAGAUUCUAGAAUUUCCGCAACAAAUGUAUCAAACUGUCACACGCAACAUAUACAUACGCAUGUUGUGAUUGUUAAACCAUACUAUAUUUGUGGGCUUGUAAACGAGCACUAAAACCUGACUUGGAAAACACCCCCCAUUCACAUUUUAUGGUAACAAAAAUUCCCACAUUUGCUGUAUGACACAAUUCUGUAGAUGUGCGUGAAGAAUGUUUUUUUUUAUUUUUUUUUUAAAUAUAUAUAUUUUGCAGUGACCUAUGCCUCCUAUAGCGAGUGCCAAACACUGUCCACGCGUACUGCACGAUUGAUUGUCCAUUCAAACAAUUUAAAAGUAAAUGCUACAGCCCACACUUCUAUGUAAGAUACUAAUUGUUGUUGAAUAUUUUGUUUAUCAAUAGAAGAUAGAAACACAAUCUCCUGCCUUGGUAUAGGCUCUGAGAUGAAUAGGCUAUUGUGUCUCGCUCCUGUCACAAAGCAAUACUGUGGCCUACCCAUACUGUCAUAUAGGCUACCGGUCUAUUUACUUUUGAAUGAGUAAUGGAUAAACGGUAGCCUAAUAUUUGUUGCGUAGCGGGAAUAAAGCAGUCGUCAGAAAAGGAGCGAUGUCCUGCAAUAUGAUUUAGGUGUAUAUAAUGAAAGUUAAAUUAAAUAUAUUAGGCAACAUGCUGCUACGCGAUCUUCAUACCAACGGCAAAUGCAUCCGUGUUGUCAUUAGACCAACGUUUUGUUUUUGUUCGCCUACAUUGUUAGAAUUCCUGUGCAUCAAACGCCUCAAUUUCCCCCAAAAUAACAAUAUUUGCUUGCAAUACCACUAGAAGUUGCAUGGAGCUAUGCCCGCUUUUCCAUCAAGUUCAAAAUUGUGUGCUGUUGGGGGUACUUCAGGACAGGAGUUGGGAAACACUGCUCUAGGGGUACCAGAUACCAGCCAGACUCUUACCUUUAAAGGAGAAGUUAGAUUAUUAUUUUUUACAAACAAAUCUGUAUUUCGAAUGUAAAUAGUAUGUUAUAGAAGGGUCCAGACACUUUUUUUUGUUUGCGAUUUCACGUUUGUGAGAGACCCCAAACAGUGAUUCACUUCCUCAUCCUCGUUGUGCAAUACGGGGGCUCUGAAGAAAACAUGAGGAAAUGCUCCAAAUACGUAGUCUUUUAAAUGACAAUGCUCUCAGUAUAGUAAUGCAGGUCUUUAGAUAUUGUACACAUGUAAUUGUCAUUCCGAAACUUUUCCGCAACGUUAUAUUCAGUUGGCUUCUAGGUACCCUCAUUAAGGCCAUAAGUCACUAAAGCAGGUCUUAGUAACUGGUAUCUGGGCCUUUGAGCCAUAAAAUUGGCCAAUGGUGUCCUUAAGCGAUUAAGAUGUUUCAAAUGUGUAGUCUAAUCAACCCCUCCUCUGGUGGUAGAUUUUCUGCGAAUCUCUUAAGAGGAACGUGUCCGUCUCCCCUCUCCAUAUGUCUGUCUAAUAAAUCUUUAAAAAUAGAAGUUGUUCAUGUCAUCUUUUCCAUACAGCAUUUCUCCACACCAUGAACAGUUUUAAAUUCUAAAGACCUCACUAUACUAGGAGCUUUCCGGUUUCUAAAAGGACUUAUUUGGGUGUUUUUGGAGCUUUCUCAGAGCUCCUGUACUGCACAACAAGGAUGAGGAAGUGAAUCGCUGGUUGGGGUAAAAAAAUAGAGACAUAAAAACACUACAAUGUCCUUUAAUGUGACAUUGAAACAAACCAUCACCAAAUCUAAUGGUUCACAAAAUGUCUAGACUGGCAAGAUUCGCAUGGGAUGCUGAAAAAUCAACAAUGUAGCUCGUCAACACAGUGUAUGCGCUAAAACGUGUGACUUGUUACCAUAGAAAUAGUGGCUUUAGGCACAUUUUACCAAGCUAUCUCUGCCAUUUGCGGCAUUGUCAUUCCAGGUUUAGAUUCCUUGAUAUCUGAGGUAUAGCAGUUAAAGGGAAAUUCCACCCAAAAACUAUUGACAUUUGUUUCAUUAGUCCAUUGAUUGAUAUUGUCUCAAUGUUUUCCAUGUCAGCAAUCAAGUUUUCAAGAUGUAUAACUUUCAAAAUACAGAAAUACAGCCGAUAUGAUGCAUUUAGCGUCAAAACAUUUUGGGACUAUAUCAAACAAUGUACUAAUGAAGCAAAUACUAAAAUAUUGUUUUUGAGUGGAGUUUCCCAAAAAGGAUUCUGGUUCGAAUCCCUGACUAGUUGAGAAAUCUUUUUUUUUUUCUUGA